GCUGAUACUGUUCGUGCUGUAGAUGAGGUACGUGUCGGGGCGUACAGAAAGCUGUGGAAAGCAAGUAAUCUUCUGACUGGCAAGGAAGAUGCAGCAAAUAACUACGCACGUGCCUACAUCAAUGUUGGUCGAAAGAUGCUUGAUUCGUUGAUGGAACAGGUUCGGAUUAUGACAGAGCGUUGUGAUGGUCUCGCAGGAUUUAAUAUUGUCCACUCCUUAGCCGGUGGAACAGGCUCUGGUCUUACCGCUCUUCUCUUGGAAUGCCUUUUCGAGGAGUACGUAAAAAAAGUGCGCUUCUCCACCGCUAUUUACCCGUCUAGAAUUUGCUCCCAGUCCACUGUAGAUCCAUACAACACUCUCCUCUGUAUGAAAGCUACCAUGGAUACUCUUGACUGCUCUCUCCUGAUGGAUAACAAAGCCAUCACAGACCGCUGCGUUGCACAGAUUUUGGUCGAAAAACCGACCUUUACGACAUUAAACCGCCUCGUUGCCAUGCUUGUCAGCUCCAUCUAUCUCUCGCACAGAUUCUCCUUUAUGGGCAAUCAACAUGCCAAUAUUAUAGACCUUCUCACUAACAUCAUCCCCUACCCUCGAAUUCGAUUCCCCAUUGUCUGCACCACUCCUCUCUUCUCCAAGGCGAGUCAACAUCACGAAGUGUUUAGUGUCCCAGUCAUCACUCGCAGAGUCUUCACACAAGAGGCAACCACUUUGGAUUGCAACAUUGAAAAGCGGUGCUUUAUCUCAGUGGCUAUGCUUUAUCGUGGAGUGGCAUCCACGGGUGAAGUGUCCGCAGCUCUUAAGGAUGUGCGACACUAUCCUGAGUUCGUGAACGGAUGUGAGUUUUUUGACUGGUGUCCCAACAAGUUCAAGGUGGGAGUCACGCCAUUUUCUCCCGUAACAGUGCCUACUUGUAUGAUGGCGGCUGCGCCUACUUCAGUGUGUAUGGUUGCCGGGAAUACGGCCGUAAUUGAUCCAUUUAAGGCUACAUUGAAUAACUUCGACAUGCUCUUCAAGAAGUGUGCUUUCGUCCAUUGGUUUGUGUGUGAGGGGCUGGAGGAAGCUGAGUUAAAGGAAGCUAAAGAUGACCUUUGUAGCCUCAUUAACGAGUAUGCCGACCUAGAAGAUGGCGAUGCUCCUCCUGAAGUCUGCUCCGAACAGACACCGGAGUUUGAAGGCGGCCGUCCGAUACAAACAACCACGACUCCAAAAAGACCAUUCGAACCUCCACGCAUCAACUUCACCAUUCGAGAGAGGAUGCCCAAUCCGGGUGGGUCUCAUCAACUGACCCCAAAUGGAUCUUGUGCGGGUAGAAGGUUCCCAACUCCAUGCAGUCCGCGACCCAUUUUGAGUAUUAACAUGUCCAAUACACGCCCACGGAACAACGCCCGACUGGGAAGACCUCUUGUAGCAUACAGAGGAAGAAGUGGUUCACAACCCCUAACGCAGUUGUUUGACGAAGCGGAGCAGAGUUACUCAUACGACUUCUUUGACCUAUUCAAUCGACAACAGGAGGAAAUAGAGGAAUUCCCUCUCUGGGAUAUGUGGAAUUUGUAUCCUAGUGGAGUGCCGAAUUUUCGUUCCUUUCCGUCACAAUUCUGGAUGGGCUAG